UAGGUCGGGUUUGAGAGUGGGAAGUACCCGUACGCCGGUGUCUCCCUGGUUGCGCAAGACGCCAUUUUGGAGUGACAGUGAAAGAUAACGGAAAGAUCGAAAAGCUGUCUUUCUAAAGCUUCGUCACCAUGGGGAAUGUAUUCGCGAGCUUAUUCAAGGGCCUCUUCGGCAAAAAAGAAAUGAGGAUUCUAAUGGUUGGACUCGAUGCUGCUGGGAAAACAACCAUCCUAUAUAAACUCAAACUUGGAGAGAUAGUCACCACCAUUCCCACCAUUGGUUUUAAUGUUGAAACUGUAGAAUACAAGAACAUCAGCUUCACAGUGUGGGAUGUGGGCGGUCAGGACAAAAUCAGGCCGCUGUGGCGCCACUACUUCCAGAACACUCAAGGGCUUAUCUUCGUGGUGGACAGCAACGACAGGGAGAGAGUGAACGAGGCGAGGGAGGAGUUGUCCAGAAUGCUCGCUGAGGAUGAGCUCAGAGACGCCGUGCUUCUCGUUUUUGCAAAUAAACAGGAUCUCCCCAACGCUAUGAACGCUGCAGAGAUCACAGACAAGCUGGGCUUGCACGCCCUCCGCCACCGCAGCUGGUACAUCCAGGCCACCUGCGCCACCAGUGGGGACGGCUUGUACGAGGGCCUCGACUGGCUCUCCAACCAGCUGAAGAACCAGAAAUGAUCCAUUCCACCAGUUUUGAUUUUUGUUUGUUGUUUAUUUUCUCUGUUUCAACACAGUGGCAGCACCGGAUCCAGGCCCCCUCGCUCCCAUCUAACCCAAUUUUCAAAACCCCAGCUCUUUCUUUCAAGAACUUCCUUCAUUCCCUUCCUUCUGCUUUCUCCCCCGGUCCCUCGUCAGUACUCUUGGGGCUCUAGCCUGUGCUGCUUGUGUGUGUGUGGGCGUGCGUGUGUGUGCGUGUACCUUGUGUGUUCAGCGAGCGUGUGCGUGGGUGUGAAGGCGUCUCUGUGUAUGUUGGCUGGGAUUGGGAGUAACCCUGGCGUGCCUUUUACACACCUCCUGUGGAAUCAGCAGUCUGGUUUUCAAGCCCCCUUCUCCAUCCACCAAACUCAGCCUCUGCCCCACUCAGCCUACCCCCACUCUCAGUCUUGCACGGCCCCCCCCCCCCCUUCUCCCCACCCUUACUCUCCGGAGGAAGCAUGGUUUUCAUACGGCAAAGAAAGAGCAAGGGUGCAAGCUGUCCCCCCCCCCCCCUCUCUCCCUGUAGUAUAUAUCUAUGUUAACUAGAACCGUUCACCCGAUGUAGACUGAAUGCUAGAUGUUCAUUUUAACCUCCUUUUUUUUUUUUUGAUUUUGAAACCCGCAACCCACCAGUAAAUUGCAUCUUAACCUGUAUCAGGUCGAAGCAAAUCAAAAAAUAGAAAAAAAAAGGAAAAAAAAAAAGAGAGAAACGCCCAUCCUCGAUCAUUCUGGUGUCAUUUGAAAAUCAUGCUGUUUGUUUUAUUAUUAUUAUUAUAUUGGAAUAUAACAGAUUAUUCUUAGCAAUGGUUCUCCAAUGAACACUACCUUUCUCCCCCCCCACUAACGAGACCGUGAAGCACAAGGCAAGCCAACAAUCUUAAAAAAAAUAAACAAACAAUUAAAUCUACUUAAAAAUUAGAAUCUGCAUAUGUGCAAUUCUUGUCUUUUCAAAAAAAAAUUUUCUUUUGGUUAGCUGAUGUUUAAUUCCCCCCCAUCUCACCCCCCCACCCCCCCCCCACCCCACCCCGCGGUUAAAUUUGGAUUUUGUGAUGACCUUCAGUAUAAUCAUUCUGACAGUGUUCAUACUCUCGUAGGUGGAAUAUAAGGUGUUGGGCAUUUCACAAACAUGACUUCAGCCGGUUAAAACAGAGACAGGUGUCCUGAUACAUUCACAAGCUUCACAUGUUAUUCCUUUAAAGAGAUGUUACAUGUGUUAUUUUUUUUUUUUUUUUUUCUGUAACUAGUUUUAGCAUUUCUAUUUGUACUAUGACUGCUGAACCAAAUGCAUUUGAGCAGUAUGACAAAUCCUGUAUAUGAGAGUAGUGUAUCCUCGAGGGCCUCAACUGCGUAUGAUUUUCAUCGAAGAGGUUUUUUUUUUUUUUUUUUUUUUUUCUCACCAACGGUUGGCAGUUUUUACGUUUUUUGAAAUCCGAAAGCAUCCAGCUGUCUAAUUUUUUCCUGGUUGGGAUGAAGGAUUGGCACCAAAUAUGAAGGCUCUUUAUUUCUGUGAACAGUCCAGACAUGAAAAAAAAAAAAAGAAAAUGGAAACCUAGUUCGAAUGCCUGGUUGUUUACAGGCUACUACACAUUAUAGCACUGCGUACUUCAUGAAAAGACCAACACGUCGAGUACUCCGUCAGCGAGUGACGCGACGGCGAGCUGGAAGGACUCGGUGGUAGGCCUGUUGAGGGGAAUGGGUGUGCAGUUAACUGGUCGUGAGAUUCAGCAGGCGUCCUCAGUGUUGAACCAUGGGGGUUAAGCUGGCACUUCUGUCAAGAAUGAUUGUAAAUCUGUAAGCUCCCCUGUAAAACUGUUUCUGUGGGGAUUUCCUGAACACAUUAAUAAACAUGAUUUGAUCCAACA